AUGUUGGAACUGCACGAAGGAAAUAGCGAGAGUGCAGUGCAAAAAUCGCCGGACACGGACCCGCGCCUCCGCGAGAACGACGAGAAGCGGCUGCUGGACUACCUCAUGCGGGGCUACGACCGGGACGUCCGGCCGGUCCGGAACGCCUCGAGGCCCAUCCAAAUCAAGCUCGGCAUCACGCUCACCCAGAUCUUCGAUAUGGACGAGAAGAACCAAGUCCUGACGACGAACGUCUGGCUGGAUCAGGAAUGGGAGGACGAGCUGAUGACAUGGGACCCAGCGGAUUUUAACAACUUGACGCAGAUCCGGCUCCCCUGCGAGAAGAUCUGGCUCCCCGACAUCGUCCUCUACAAUAACGCCGACGACUACACGCGAGGCUAUUACAACAGCAAGGCGAUGAUCAAGCACUGGGGGCAAGUCUUCUGGCCGCCGCCGACCAAGUUCCGCUCGGCUUGCCCGGUGGAUGUCACGUACUUCCCGUUCGACGACCAGAACUGCACGCUCAAGCUGGGGUCCUGGGCCUACAACGGGUUCGAGGUGAACGUGACGAAUCGACUGGCCGAAGUGGAUUUGAGCAACUACAUCCCGAACGGAGAGUGGGAACUCUUGCAGGGGUUCAUGACCCGGAACGAGAUCUAUUAUUCCUGCUGCCGGGAGCCGUUCCCGGACGUCACCAUCACGCUGGUCAUCCGCCGGAAGACGCUCUACUACAUGUACAACGUCGUCCUGCCGUGCAUCAUGAUGAGCGUGCUGACCCUGCUGGUGUUCUGCCUCCCGCCGGACUCCGGGGAGAAGAUCGCCCUCGGCGUCACCGUCCUCCUCGCCUUCUCCGUCUUCAUGCUCGCCAUCGCCGAGAAGAUGCCGGAGACCUCCGAGAGCGUCCCCCUCAUCGGACACGAGACCUUGAUGCGCCUUUCAGGGAUUUACUUGACGGCGGUGAUGGCCAUCACGUCCAUCUCGGUCUUGAUGACGGUGAUCGUGCUGAAUCUGCACUACAGGGGACCGAGCAAGACGCAGCUGCCGCAUUGGCUUCGUCGCAUAUUGGUGAGGGAGGAGGAUCGCCAACAGGAAUACUACCAGCCUCAGCCGCAGCAGCAGGCACCGGCGAAUGCGAGCGCCAACAAGCACACCGUGGCGCCUGAGAGGCCCCACCAGCCUCCAUCCUCCACGGCCCCUACUAGCGCCCUCUACCAUAAUAUGCUGGGGAGGGAGGGAUGCGCGUGCGGGCAGGAGUGCCUGGUCCUGAGACGCCGUCACCAGUUCAACGACAUGUACCUCCCGCCGCCUCCGCCGCCGCCUCACUCCGCUUCCCACGACAGCUUGCACGGCCUGAUAGAGCCCUGUUCGGGCAGCGGACUCCGACCCAGAACGAAUCCGGACGGGGCCGCGGCAGUAUCUUCCGCUUGCAUCCACGCCUCCAGGGUGUCCUCAUCCGCUCGCCCCCCGGACAACCUGGAGAAGAUGGUCCAACUGUUGCUGAAGAAGUACGAGGAGGAAGACGAGAGGAAGAAAAUCGAGAAGGAGUGGAGACUGGCCGCAGCGAUGCUCGAUCGCAUUUUUUUCUGGAUUUUUCUCACUCUUACCAUCGCUUCCAGCUCCACAUUCCUCGUCAUCCUGCCCAUCAUGAAACGAUGGGCUUUGCCCGUUCGCCUUGAAAAGCGAUUCCCAGACAUAAAAAAUCAUUGUGCCAACUACUGCCCAAUGUUAGCAAAGUGCUUCGGCCUGGUUCAAGCCGAAAGCAAGCAGUUUGUCGAGUUUGCUGACGGGAUUCGAGGCGGCUCGGCGUUGUCGGCGAGCAGCCUGAAGGCGGUUCAAGUGAAGGCAGCGAAUCCGUGGGAAGGCCAGGCGAAGUGCGAGGAAACGCUCGGUUCCCAGGCCAGGUUCCCAUACCCUGGUCGCGGACGUCCAGGUCGCAGGCAGGCCUCGUCCCCAAGAACCACUGGGCGUAUCUGGGCAACUUCGUCUCAGAGCGAUCUUCACGACAAGACGAUCCUGCGAUCGAUCUUGCGGGACGCCUGGGAGAUCCCCGAGGGCGACUGGUUAUUCAGCGAGCCUGAUAAUUUCAUGAAGAACAAGGAACUCUGCCUCUCCGUCGUCAACAAGAAAUUGGUCGACGUCGUCUGCCAUAGAAUUAUGCGACCUGUCUGCGACCUCAACGCGACCCAAGAAUGCGGGAGUCCCCCGAGCGUGAACGGAACGAACCUGAUCAUCGAGUACCCGAACGGCACCAGCGCGAAAGGAGCGACGGUAUCCUACAAGCCCGCGGCAGGGAUAACGUUCGCGAGCGGGAAAAAAGCGAUCGAAGCCAAACGCCUUGGGUCCAUCGGUUGGAGCACCAACCAUGUCUCCUACCCAAUGAAAACGGGUACUCGAAUCCCAAAGGCCCACUCCCAAACGAGUCCAGUCAGCAGUGCCAUUUCGAUUCUUGAUUUUGAUUGCUCUUCUGGCGUUUCGGACGCGAAGCACCAUUCGGUGCCGUUGCAUUCCGUACAGUUCCCUCAUGCCAACGCGACCUUGUCCGACCCGACUCGGUUCGCGGGAAGCCAGGCCACCUACGCAUGCGAACCAGGGUCUCAAUUCAACAACAUCCAGUUAGUGGAGGCAGCUCUGGAAUGUCUGGACUCGGGAGAAUGGAGCAGUCUCCCGGAUUUCGAAUGCACGUUUUAUCAAUGCCCGGAUGCCCCUGCCAAUCCGCUUGCGAAUCAGAUCCGCGAAUGGACGGAGACCUCCAAGGAGGUCGGAAGCGAAGCCAAAUAUCGAUGCAACCCGGGAUUCGCCUUAGACGCAACAGUUGGCAACAGCCCUGUUGCCUCCCAGGUCUGCCUCCCAGACGGGAAGUGCACUCUUAGAAAAUUCCGAGCGUUUGGGGAAGUGUGGGAGGCGCUGAGCAAGGGCUGUGACGUCAUCACCGGUUGCACGGCGGAACCUGACCCAUUUCCAACGGGGGGAAACAGGGAUUGGACGCCUGGGAAACUGUUUGGGAUCGGGGAUUUCACCUCCUACAAAUGUCCCGAGUUCCAUCGCUUCCAAACGAAUGGCAAUCUCGUCGGAGAGUUGAAGAAGAGCUGCCUGAGUUCGGGAGACUGGGAGAAUCUGACUGAGGAGUGCGUGCCCCCAAGGCAUGCAGUUUUUCUUUCGGAUCUUGGACUCGGGGAGAGGAAUCGGACGUGCCUGGUGGAUGGGAAUUGGGAGACGAUGGAUGAGGGCGAUCUCGUCUGCAACUCCUCUCGAUGCGACUCCGAUCCUCCACCAGCCCCGUAUCCGUCUGUUCGGGACUGGGACGGGCCUUGA